AUGACGCGACGCAAAGCGACGCUCAGUUGAAGCAGCCACUUUUCUGCUCUCCGCCGUUUUCUUCUCCUUCAGCUGAAAAUAAGGCGAAACGCAUGGUGAUUCUGCAUGUGCUGGUCCAGUUGGACCCUCUUGAUGUUUAAUUCUGUUGUUUUAGGAUCUUUUCCUUGUAAGUUCCGUUAAGAAGAAACUAUAAACACUCAGAACGUUGGCAUACCGCGGGAAAAUGUCGUUACUUCCUGUGUAACGAGGUCUUGGCGCGACUCGACUGUAGUAAACAACAGGAGGACACAUCCAGUUCUCAUGCAAGUAUUCCUAAAAGAAAAUUUGACAAGAUGGAUUAUAUCGAUGGUUCUGGUUAAUACCAGUUUAAACAGAGAGAACCUCUGUCUUAAAAAAAACCUUUCUGCACUUUUACGGACAGCUCGGCUUGAAGUAACACGAAAAGAUGCUGAGAUUCAAAGGUUGACCCAAAGGACUGAGAGAAGUUGUCACUGUCAUCAGUCUAGGAUCAAUGGUCUCCAAGAUUUAAAAAAGCCAGCUCUUCUGCCACCAUCUAGUCCUCCCACACCUCUUCCAUCUUCACAAUCCAGGAAGGAUCAUGUUUCAGGGGAUCUGUCUUUAUCUUCCAGAAAAGAAAGUCAUACUUUGUCCAGAUCUUCAUCUCAUAACCAUGUCAAAAAAGAUACUGAAGAUGAUGACAAACAGACUACAUCGAACAAACAAAGGUUCAGAAGCAGAGCAGAAACACACUCAGGUCAAACUGAACCAACAGACAGAAGAUCUAGAGAUGGUUCACGUCCCAACAAGGACUCUCGUUCUUCUGCGAAAGAAUCAUCUCACAUAGAAGACAAAGCCACGGGACGGAGGGAUGACUACUGCUCACAUAAAAUCCACAAGUCCACAAUUGCUAGGGCUAAAAGCUCUUCUCAAGAGAUUGUACACAAAAGACAUUCUUCCUCUGACAACAAAAAAGAGGGCAGYCUAGAACGGAAACCAGAUAAAAUCAAAAUAACUAUUUCAGACUGUGACAAUGAAUAUAAAAAAAUAAGAAGUCAUCAUAAACCUGAGAGACACUCCAACUUGAAGGUUAAGAAAAACUCUUCUUCACGUCAACAUGUUGAGUCUUCUGGUAAUUUUCACAAAGAGAGGAAUAGAAGCAGACAAAAGGAUUACCAAAGUAAAGAGGACAGGAGGCACAAGGAUGAAACCAAAAGAAGACAUGAGAGAAGCAAUCUGUCAGAGACAACCAAAAAACAUGAUCGAUUGAACCCUAAAGAAUUGCAUAAAGAGGGUCUGGAUCCAAGCGGAAGGAAAAGACAGGAAAGGACACGUGACGCAGUCAAAAAAUUACCCGAAAAAACAGAUGUGGAUGAAACGAUCUCUGCAAAUAUAAAAAAUCCAAACAAAAAACUAUGUUUCAUGGAAACAUUAAAUCUAACCCUUUCACCAAACAAAAAGCCUCUGCAUCCUAAGGAUGGGAGUCCAACUGGGCUAACAUCAGUAAAAGUGGGUGUUGAAAAUGGACAAACUGAGGAAGACAAACAAAUUAACAUAGAAAACAUGUGCAUCAUUGAUGAAGUAGAGAACAGUGAACUAGAAACAGACUCAAAAGAUAUUAAAGACUUGUCUCCAGAUGAACUCAAAGCCUCAAGUCCUGAGAGUAUUCAUAAGAGGGUUGAUGAUAUAAAAGUCCAGGAAAAGGUCAUAGUUUUGAGUGAAACGGCUGACAAUGAAGUCCAAACCACGCUAACUCCCUGUCAAUCUUCUGCUACUACAGAAAGUCGAGGGACUGAGCAUCUCACACCAAAAUUUACAGACAAUAGUUCGUUUAAAGCAAAGGACAAUUUAACACGCAAUGAAGAUGAAAUAGAGCUUGUUUCUAACAGCCAUGUCACUGAACCUGGAACAUCACAUGUAAACAAACCACAGCCCAGCGGCAUGUCUGGAAUCGUUUUCGAUCAUCAACCAAACUCUGCACUACAAAAUAUUCACUCUAAAGAUGCUAAAGAACACAUUGUGGCUGAUUCAGAUGAAAGUCCAGUACCCCUUAAAAUGUCUCAAAAUACAACUAUAGAAGUGGCUGUUUCGUCUAACCCAGAGGACUUGAAUGUCUUUGAAGGCAAGGCUGAAAAGAUGAAUCUUUGUUCAUCUGAUUCGUGUCAACACGACCUCUGUCCUCCUUCUUCAACCAGCAUCACUCAUGAAAAAGAUGGUCUACAAGAUGGCACUAAGAGUGUAGAUUUUGUAUCUAGUACAAUCAGUCCGGAUUCCUUCCCACAAGAAGAAAUGAGUUUAACAGAAGCUAUUUAUGUUUUAACUAAUGUAGACACUACUGAGAGCAGCAGCGCCACAACUCAGCCUAGCUCUUCCACCGACUGUAUCGGAGUGUCCAAGGUUAGCAGUACGACUGAGGGAGAACCUCUGCCAGAGAAAUACAGCACACCCARGAAGAGCUUCAUUCCCUCAAAGAUCCAAGAGACUAACACGAAGACGUCCAGUUCUGUGCCGUCACUUCACGAUGAGGACUCAAUGAUGCAAACUUUGAACAAUCUGAAGAAAAUCCCCGAUGCCAUCAGCCCUCUGCGGAGCCCCGUGCGAAUAACCAAACGAGCUUUGGUCUAUGUGCACAACAAGCCUGGGCAUGUUAAGAGUCUUCAAAAAGAUUUUUCCAUCACCUCUGAUCCUAGUUCAAAGAAGCUGGAUGUAAACAAAGAGAACAAAUAUCCAUGUUCUCCAUCUAACCAUGACACAGAGAAGUUGGUGAAAGAGGUGUCUGACGUGCCUCUAAAGCUUUCUGACACAGAGCUGGAGGAAGGAGAAAUUUUAAGUGAGAGUGAAGAGACUGCUUUAAGUUCGCCUGUUCCUGCUGCCAAAAGGCCAAAGCUAACAGAGCCGGUCAGAAACAAACCAAGCUCUCCAUCUGUUUUACAGAGCAAAUCUGCAGAAAAGCCAGUUGCUUUGAAAGAAACUCAUGAAACGGACGAUGCGUCGACACAUAGUCCCAGGAGUCGUUUUAAAACCGUUUGUCCUGCAGGAAGCAAAAACUCUUUUUUCACCAUCGAGGAAAUAAUGGAAACGUUUAAGUUGGUUCGCGCUGAGAUCCGGAAAAAAUACAUGAAGCUUCAUAAAACUUUUCCAAAGAGAAGUUUCUAUGGUAUGAUGGACAAUUUUGAGAAAUCGUUUUUAGAGUUUGUAGACGGUGCUAAUUUUAGCCAGAUCAGCGUUCAGGCAGAAGAGCUCAAGUCCAAACUUAAGAAACUUAUAUCGUCUGUUUUCAGCAAAGUGAUAAAUAAUGGCAUUGUGAAACGCAUUUUUGAACAGCAAGCGAUUGAUUUGAAGCAGAAGUUGUGGGACUUUGUAGACGUUCAAGUUAACUAUUUGUUCAAGGACAUACAAACAACACUGAAGAGCCUAUGCAAACCAGCAAAAGCUCUGGCUGAGGACAAGAAGUCCAGCAAAGAGAAAAGAGAGUCCCAACAAAGCCCUGCUAAGAAACCACCGAAGGAGCCACAUUUCCCCAGCUCCAGCCCUAACCUGACCAGUUCAUGUGCUGUGAUUCCUUACAAAACAGGCCUAGGAAGCAGAGGUAAAGACAUUCGAAUGACAUUUGYAGAAAAAGACGGCCAAAACACACAAACUGUGGUUGAGAACCUCCAGUUAAAAACUCUUCCCUUGUCUCCUGAGAAAAACAAAAUAACCUCUUUGGUAGUCUCUCAAAAUUGUUCCAUGGUUGACAAAAUGGACUUCGAACUCCUCACAGAACAGCAAACCUCCAGUUUGACGUAUAACCUGGUGAGAGACUCUCAGAUGGGAGAAAUAUUUAAGUGUCUCCUCCAAGGAUCGGACUUGUUAGAAGGCGGUGGGAUCACAGGGGACCACACUUCUUUGUCUCUUGGAACACCAAGGAAAGAUGAAGAGAGGUUCCUUAGUAUCACCACGCCAUCAAAGUUAACCUCCCCUUCCAAGUUUGAUAUGCCACACAAGCUUAUUGCUACAUGGAGUAGCAUUUCACCUCACAAAAUACUAUCUCCACGAGUCAAAGACCAGACGCCUCUGAACCCGGCUUUAUUCGAUGAAAGUUGUCUUUUAGAGGUUCCAUCAGAAAGAGUGCCACUGCAGGCAUCACAGAAGUCCUAUUCUAUUCUAGCAGAAGACCUAGCUGUCUCCCUUACCCUCCCAUCGCCUCUCAAGUCGGACAGCCACCUCAGCUUUCUGCAGCCAUCAAGUUCAAGCAUGCAGAUGUCCACUCCAGAAAGUGUAAUCAGCGCACACAUAAGUGAAGAUGCCCUACUCGAUGGGGAAGAUGCCACAGAGCAGGACAUUCACCUGGCUCUCGAUACUGACAACUCCAGCUCGAGCAGUAACAUGGCCGCAGAAAUCCUUGCAACCCCUUUUGUCUUCAAGCUUGAAGUGCCAAUGAAAGCACUGGUGAUGGAGAAGUCCAACGAUCACUUCAUCGUAAAAAUUCGGCAGGCAAAGGCAGCCGUAGACAUCUCGCCGACUUCUGAAGAACGCUUAAGUGGAGCAUUAACAGACCAAAACCAGCGAUGCAGCGACAAUGUUGGUCUUGAUAAGGGAAGUCAAGCUGCUAGUCCUUGUCUACUUUCAGAAAACAAUCUCUCAAACAUUGGUCAAGCAGACACAUCUGUUACUGUGCCUGAGAGCAUAACUCUUCUAAACCAUGGACCACACAAAAGCCACGGUUCUGCUCAGCAGAGUCCAUCAAAUGAUUGUUUUACAGAGGAGCGUGUGGAAAACCUGCCUGCUUACACUCCCACAAAUAACAAUCAGAUCAAUUCUGUCUCCACUUCUCCCCAUCGUACAGUUACAAAUGAUACAAAAAGUCAAGAACACAAGUCAACAUUUUCACCAUCUGAGUUCAACAGCUCUUUGCAAACUACCACAGAAAUCCCUGAUGCAAUUCAACAGAGCCAGGCACAUGUCUGUGACUUGGGAAGAGAUGAAACUGAUGAGUCCAAGUUUGAGAAGAGUUUCACCAUCAAUACGGGUAUCUCACCAAAGCAAGAGCAAAAGGURGACAAUAACAUUAGGAAAAGAAAGAAGCCCCAAGAACAACUAAAAAGCAAAAGGUCCAGGAGCAAGGAAGAGGAUAGUCCAGGGAAGACAUGUCCCUCCAAGAAGAGUAAAGACUUCCAGUCAUCACCUGUAGCUCUGUCACCCAGCAGGGUGUCAGCGAAGAAUGUUGUUAAAAAGAAGGGCGAGGUGGUGAUGGCAUGGACCAGGCAUGAAGAUCGAACUAUUCUGGUGGAUCUCCGGACAAAUGGUGCUUCACGGGAGACCUUCUCUGCACUCUCUGAGAAACUCAACAAGCCAUCAAACCAGAUUGCUCAGAGGUUCCACCAGCUCAUGAAGCUUUUUAAGAAGCAGAAGAUGGACGCCUGAUCUCUCUUCUUAGUUUGAAUUUGAGUGUUUCGAAACAGAGACGUGCACCUCUUUGUAGAGGGAUGCAUCACAGCAUCUGUCCACAGCUGUCAGAAGAAAAACUUUUACUCAGUAUUUGAUUAUUAAAGAACUGAAAAUA